UAUCAACGGAUUUACCAAGUCAAUCCUAUUAUAAAGAUGACCUUAUAACGUUUUAAAAGAAAACUGAGAUAUCACACUGUGGUCAAACAGUUAAUAAAUAAACCUCGCUAGUUAUCCUUCAACUGAGGCUAGACACAUAAGUCUAAUGAAGUUGACAGACACUGGGAUCUAACAGAGCUGCCUGAAUUUCAUGGAGAAGAAACAGUGAAACUACAUUAUACUUGAGUUUCGAAUUGGGGAAUAGUCUGCAUGGAAAGAUGGCUCGAUCGCAGCAACGUUUUGCAGUGUUUUGGAGCGUGUUUGUGCUCCUUCAGCAGUUUGAUGUCAUCCUUGCGUUGAACAUCAUUAACAUGCGCAAGCAGCAAAGACAUAAUGUUGAAGACGACACCAAAACAAAUCAAGAAAGUAGUGUCUUCAGAAACAAGAAAAACAAACUGAAAAUGGUUGACACUAUGGUGAAAAAUGACCCAGUAAUUGCAAUUGGGAGCAGAACAAUUGAAAAAGAUACAAUCGUGCAUCUUGUGCCCCAAUUAGCAGAGAAGAAUCAUCCAUUUUCUGAAAAUUUAAUUAACAUGGAUUUAAAAAACUCCACGAAGCCAACCCAAAAAAACAGAGAUCGUCGCGCGAUAGGUGAUGAAGCUAGUGUCAUACACGCCAUCAGAAACACAGCGCGUAAAAUGCAAGAACAAGAUAGCAAUGUGACCGAAAAAGUUAUGACCUGGAUCCAUUCCUGUCAUUCUGGAGAAGAAUCUAGAAUAAAAACAUUUUGGAAAGAGCAAGAGAUGAUUUACCCUAUGUACCUUAUCUUCUCGUCAGUGAGUUAUUAUUUGCUCGACUGCAACGAAACGAUGGAAAAACGUGUGGAAGAGUUGGUGCAACUUAUCGACUACGAUGAGAUAGUGUCUUUUCUACAAGAUUUAAGCUCCGAAGAUCUGACAUUUAUCCACCAAGCUGGCAAAUCUAACGACACAUUUGAGGCAACGGACGAUGUGGUGGACCCGGAAGGGCCAGAGAAUGCCCAAGAAAUGGCGGCAGUAGAAAUUGUGACAACAAACUUUGAAAGAGUGCAGGAAAUGAAUAAUGUAAUUAACCAGUUAAAUAAUCACGAUGACAUGGCGCAGUUCUCGAGGGCGGGAUUGGAUGAAUACCUUGAUGAUAUAAUAAUGGAGUAUGAUACCGUUUCGGACAUGCUUAUACAACAAGGAUCACAUGAGAACUCUAGGAAGAAACGGCGUGUGUUUACAAAUGAACUGCCAAAAGUAUUUCCAGAAUAUCAGGAUAGUAUCUUAGAUGUAAAGAAACGUAAACUCCACAAACACCCGACCUUCAUUGACCCCGAGACGACACACAGAAAUGCUAAAAUAAAAGUCGCUAGAACGUAUAAAGAAAAAGAGCAUGCAUACGACCGUACACAACAUGAUCUUAUGAAAAGAAACCGUAGAAGUACCGGUUUGGAUAGAGAGGACUUGUCUUUUUUCACAAUUCAGGACAGGCAAUCGUGCAGAGUACUGACACCAGAUGACUCUCGAACAGGCAUGAUUAGCAUCAUAUUGGCAGAUGUCGAUUACAAUAACAUUACAGAUCAACUCUGGUAUCAAUAUGGGAACUCUAUUGUCCAUGCGACCAGAGACCUUUUUCUGACGUCAGAACAAAAUAGUCACAUCAUUCUGGAUUUUAAGAGACUAGAGGCAAACCAACAAUGGUCGCUACAGGACAACAUUUUGACGGCAGUUGAUGAUAAUAUCGAACUUGUUCCAGAUGACAUCGGUGACAACGUUGUUGUUAAAUCACGGAACGACAGCAAUCGAAACGGGAACUGGAGUUUUACCCAUAUGAAAAAAGAAGAACUUACUUCAUGCUCCGAGGGAAAACGUAAUUAUUUCGUAAUACAACAUGAAGAGAGACAUUGCUUUACGUUAUGUGCUUCAGAUGAACACAAGCCAUCCCCAUCGCUCAUUUCUGUGCUUCCGAUUAUUAUUUCAAGUAUAGUUGCCAUUGCAGGAAUAACAAUGUCAUCUAUUUCAUUAAAAAUGAUCGAGUCUAAACGUUUGGCAAGAUCUGUUUUCGUCGUAGGUAUAUUUCUCUCCCUCUUCAUCGGAGUAGGAAUACUUCUACUACCCAGCAUGGACAAUACGAUGGACACUACCCCAACUGAUACAAUUGAUUUAGUUUUAAAACAUUAUGACCAUGAAAACCCAGACUAUUGUUCUUGGUACGAAGAGGGGAAUUAUUUCAUUAACGUUGGGAUUCAGAAUGUCACCAUUCUGAAAGAACUUGAUAUGAAUCGUGGCAUUUUGGAUAAGGAUAAUUUUUACGAGGAAAAUGCUCUAACAUGGGUAUUUGAUGGAGCCGAAAUUUUACAUCUCGGUGUCAUAAUGGCGGAUUAUAAUAAAGGUAUGGAGAACAACUGGAACAGAAACGUAACGAACGAAACUGACCCAUGGAAGAAAAUAAAAAUAGACUCUCCAACGUUUUUUGAGGACAUCACGUGUUUAUAUGUAUUAGCAUCAUCAGCCUCGGCUCAAACAAUGGCCCCAAAAUGUGAGGAGUUUCCAUGGUUAUUUACGAAUGAUCUUUCAUACAAUCAACUUUGGUACUAUGGUGAGAAUAACAAAAUGACAAAUCUAGUACCAGGUUCCAGUGUGCAAAAUUUAUCUGAAAAUGGAAUGAGGCCAAUUGAACUCACGGAUGUUCAAAUAAAGUGUAGAAGUGAACUAUUUUUCAUACAAAACAAGGAUUUACCAUGUAAAGUGCUAACAUUUGAAUCGGAUGACUUUAACGGCCCAGCUAAAAUCACAUUUUCUACGUUCAAUGUUGACAAACUUGCAGACCAGUUGUGGCUUUUGCGAGAUGGUAAUUUGAUCCAUUACCGAUCGGGUGGUCAGCUGACAGUCUUAGAAGGAUCAACAUCUGUGACACUUACCGAAUUUGGAGAUGAGUGGACUAGACAUGACAAUCAGACCAUAGUUUCACCCAGCCGAAAGUGUCAACUCCGCGUUUCUAUUGGAAGUGAUAAUUCGACAAAGAAGCCACGGGUCGAAUGUAAUGAUAGUGAAUUAUCGUCGGCAUUAUGGGAAAUGGUACCGUUUGAUUCUGACUACUUGUCUAAGCUAGUAUGUACGUAUUUUAUACAAAAUCAGCUCGUACCAUGCGAGUCAUUAACAUUGGACAAGAGUAAAAUGGAAGUUAGAAUGUCUCCUGUGUUAGUGGAUACACUCGAAUCACAAUUAUGGUAUACGUUAAACGACACUAUAUAUCAUCUUGAAACUGGACUUACACUUGGAAUAAGACAGGAUGGUACAACAAAAAACAAACUGGACGUAAUAGACCUUGAAUCUGAAAACAGGUCUACUUUGACUUGGAAAUACGUGAACAGCUCAUUGAUGAAUAAGGAAACAGGCGGAUAUCUCACUGUAGAUACAAACACCGGAAGUGUUCAUCUGAAGCAACCAGAAGGGGGAAAAAGUGAGGAUUGGGUGUUUCUUGAAUCGCAGUCCGCACUUAACAAACCGGAACAAUUAUCAUGUACUUCGUCUAAUACAAAGGAAUAUUUUUUCAUUAAAUUAUCAUCAAGGCCGUGUGACCUACUCACUGCAGGACAAAAACUGGAAUCACCAACAUUUGUACCAUUUGAUGAAGAAAGAAGCACUCUGCAGCUUUGGUAUUGGGACUUCGGACAUUUGAUAAACUUAGAAACAGGACUCUCACUCCAAAUAAAUACAAAGGACGAACAACGUGGAUCACAUUUUGAUGUUAUUUUAGAUGACACGUUCGCUUAUAGACGCUCACAGCUAUUUUCCAGGAAAUAUGAGUCUAUUUUAGCAUUGGAUAGUGCAUGUACUCUAGGUAGUGAACCCCUAGAUACUACAUCAAAACUUGUCUGCUCAAAUCAACUGACAACAGAAAACUCAAAAUGGCAGUUCCUUGCGCAUGAACAAGCAUUGGAUGACAUAGCCGAACUUGUAUGCGUGUAUUUCAUCCGUAAUAAUCACAAAUAUUGCGAAUUUCUCACUGGUUAUGACGAGGGGCAAUCUCUAAAGGCUCGUCCGCUUCUGCAUGAAUUGGUCGAUGGACAACUGUUCUUCUGGAAAGAAAAUAAUCUGGUUCAUCUUAAAACAGGCCUUCGUUUAACUACUUCGGGCAAUACAGUUACACUGCAAGAGAGCGAUGACACUUCGGGCCAAAUGUUGGAGUUAAUUGACGACCGUUUGGUGUCCAAUGUUGGUGAUACCAGUAACUAUCUAUCCGUUGAUAUUCACCAAGAUGGUAUUGUCAAAGCGAUGUCAAAAUACAGAGAGGCCAGCAGGAAUACGCAAGGAUCAUGGAGUCUGUUUGAAAUGAAGAAAGUCUUUAAUGAUCUUACUGUUACACACUGUCCCUUCCACACUCAUCCCAGACCGAAAAGAUUCUUCAUAAAACACAGUUCCAAACCUUGUUUAGUCCUCGCAACAUCUGAGAUAGGACAACCACCAGUCUUUAAAGUGUUUGACAAAGAUAAUAUACAGAAACAAUUGUGGACUUUUGAAAAUCAACACAUCAUUAAUGAGGAAUCUGGGCUUGCUUUGAUGUUAGACAACGAAAGAAUCCGUUCAAACAGAGUUGCAAUCAUGUGGCAUGUUUAUGAAUACUCGCGCCUUCAAAAAUGGAGCGGACUUGCAAAUGGUAAUUUUUCUAUUGACGACUUUGGAACCUCGUAUUAUCUGUCUCCAUUUGAUGAAGCGGAAGUCCCAACAGUAAUUGGAAGCACGAAUAGGCCUACGGUACAAGGGCAAUGGCAAGUUAUAGAAAUGGAUGAUGACUUUAAUUUCCAUGACAAAAUUACUUGUCAUUUCUUUCUUAAAAAUCCAUUAAUCCCAUGCGAGCUUCUGACUGGAAUAAAUGGAAGAGUAGUUGUGCGCCCUGUUCAAGAGGCACUCGUUACACACCAGCUGUGGUCUCUUGAUGGAAAGAGAAUACGAAACGUCGGAUCAGGCUUAUAUCUCACAGGGUACGGGAAAAAUGUUUAUCUCACUGAUAGAAAGUAUCAUUAUCUUCAAAAUUGGAGGUACUCUUCACGACAACUUAUUCAUGAAUAUUCUAAAACAGUUGUGAGUAUUGAAACAGGCACUGGGGAUAUAACUCUUAAUCGUCUGCUAUCAUCCUAUGACCCGGAUGUAACUGCCAGACAACAAUGGAUAAAGGUGGAUAAACAAGUUGGUGUUCAGAAUCCAGAGCAGUUAGAAUGUCAAACUCGUGAAAAUGGCGAAUUGUACGUAAUAAGGAGUGAACAUGGGGAUUGCCCAGUUUUGACUGAUAUAGGCAAUUAUGCAGGAGUAAGGACAGUGGAGUCCCCAAGUGAAGCAAAUAUAUGGAUUCGCCAAGGGUACCAUAUUGUCAAUGCAAAAUCUAAAAGAGCGCUAUCUGUGAAAUAUGGUAGACAUAUGGUGUAUAUGGAGAACAUGGUAUCGCAUCAUCAAACAAGGCAGCACUGGACUUGGGGUAAUAACAAAAUCUUAUCUGGAUUAGAGCAUAGUUCGAACAUGGUUAGAUAUUUGACGUACAGUUCCAAUUAUAUUCAAGUCGCCAACUUUAAAGGAACUGACGAACAGAAAUGGGCCUGGAAUACAUUGGAAGCCGUUCAAGAGGAUGAAAAACUUCUAAGAUGUAGUAGAUGCUACAACAAAGGAGAAGAAACAGCAGCAGAGGUUAUUGGGUAUAUACCAAUAUUUGGAUGGCUUUACAAUUUGUUUCGGAGUGUAACAUACGCUAUCAAGGAUUGUCCAAAAGUUGCGCUCGGAGCCUUCAGGGAUUUUGCUCUUGAUAUAAUAAUAGACAUUGCAGUUGCGUUAUCAAUGGGUGCAGUGUCGGCAAUUGCAUAUGGUGUGAAAACAGCUGUCAAGGUUGGUUUAAAAGCUGGGAUCAAGGCAGGCCUCAAAGCUGGAGUUAAGGCUGGAUUUAAAGCAGCUAAAUCUAUGAUAAAAUUGUCCAUCAAAGCAGCUAAAUCCGGUUUUAAGAGUUUGUUGAAGAACGGAUUAACGAAAACUUUAAAACUAAAACUAAAUAUGGUGAUGUCUACUACCAAAAUGACAUUGAAGACUGGUGUAAAAGCGUUGAAAAAGGCACCGGCUUUAUUAAAAUCCAUUACACAGCGAGCUUUAAGAGGUUCAAAGAAAGCUCUUUCUAAGACUGUAUCACGAUUGAAGUCUGCUAUGAAAAAAACAAAGUGGAGCAAAUCUAAUUUAAAAGCAAUGCCGUCCAUUUUGCAAAAUAAACUUAAACAUUUGCCAAAAAAGAUAAAAUUGCGAUUUCAAAAUUUUGGACAUUCUAUUAUGAAGUCUCUAAAAAGAGUUGGCAAUAAGAUAUCAAAAAAGGCUGAAAAUGCAAUCAACAAAGCCGAUGACAUUAAAAGAACAAAGAAAACAAUACGCUGCCGUCGUUCUCCAAAACUGUUAUGCAAACCACAACACACACCAUUUCGAAUUCCGGAUACUCUACAGUUAAGAAAGCCAAACGAACAAGUAAAAAAAUAUCUUAAUGAUCUGAAAGACAAUUUACCAAAAGGUCAAAACGACAAUUUCAAUCAGAGGGCCGCAUUAGGACUAACUACUAAAAAUGGAAAAGACUUUGUAGAGUUCCGAGUAGUCCUCGUGCUUAUGGCAACCUCGAUGAAUUGUCAGCUUACCACUAAAAAAUAUUCCACGUUUCAGAGCUUAACGCCAGUAUGUGAUGAUAUCAUAGCACACAUGCAAGAAACCAUAAAGAUGAAAGCUCGGGAAACAGACCAAUUAAAGGCAAUCAUGCACCGAGAACAUCAAGAACUAGCCAAGUUGAAGGAGCUUAUACAGCGAGAAAACCAGGAGAUAAAUGAAUUGAAGGAAAAUGCAUAUCGAGAAAAUCAAAACACUGUUGAAUUAAAUAAAAUAGUUAUGGAAUUAAGCACCAAUUUCACUCGGUUACAAAGUCAAAGGACUGCUGGAGCUAAGGGUGAUCAAGGUGCCGCAGGGCCUAAGGGUGACCAGGGUGUCACAGGGCCUAAGGGGGACCAGGGUGUCACAGGGCCUAAGGGGGACCAGGGUGUCACAGGGCCUAAGGGGGACCAGGGUGUCACAGGGCUUAAGGGUGACCAGGGUGUCACAGGGCCUAAGGGGGACCAGGGAGUCACAGGACCCAAGGGGGACCAGGGCGUCACAGGGGCUAAGGGUGACAGCGGCAGCCAUGGUUCUAAAGGUGACAGAGGCAGCCAGGGACCUAAAGGUGCCAGAGGCAGCAAUGGUUCUAAAGGUGACAGAGGCAGUGAGGGACCUAAAGGUGACAGAGGAAGCCAGGGACCUAAAGGUGACAGAGGCAGCCAGGGACCUAAAGGUGCCAGAGGGAGCAAUGGUUCUAAAGGUGACAGAGGCAGCCAGGGACCUAAAGGUGCCAGAGGGAACAAUGGUUCUAAAGGUGACAGAGGCAGUGAGGGACCUAAAGGUGACAGAGGCAGCAAGGGUCCUGAAGGUGACCAUGAAACAAUUGGAGAGACAGGUGAGAAAUAUGAAUGA